UGCUUCCAGGUCACAACAAACCGUUGUAUUAGAACGGAUUUUUAAGAAAGAUGGUUUACAUUUAAACAGUUAACCGAUUCGACAGCGCGAUUUAAUUACGAACCCAAACAACAUUUAGAAAGUCCGUUAACUACAGAUGCUAAAUUAGAGGUGACAUUUCACUUGUGAAAAGCCGGAAACCUUUUUUGCUGUUAUUAUAGCUUGGAAUCAGACACGUGGUUCAGGAAAAUGUCAGUGCCUUUUUCCAACACUCACCUGAGGGUACCUCGGGGAUUUGGGGCCCUCUUAGAGGGACUGACCCGGGAGAUUCUCCGGGACCAGCCGGACAACAUCCCUGCAUAUGCAGCGCAGUAUUUUGACAAACUUCUGAAAGAAAGAGAAGAAAGUGGGAUGGACCCUUCUGAGUGGGCUGCCAAGCUGGAAGACAGGUUCUACAAUAACCAUGCUUUCAAGAGUACUGAGACUGUUGGUCUUGAAAAGGAAACAGCAACAGAGGAGGCCCACGUUUCCAAGUGAGUGUCACUUUAAGUGCAGCAAGCACGAUCAAGAGGAGAGGGAGAUGAAGAACAUGAGAGAAAAGAUAGAAAUGUGCUCUGAUGAAAUUACAUUGGAGUUUACAUUUUCAUCAAUAAAAAACCUUACUCAAUUUGUCA